UCUAUAUGAUAAAAUCGCUCAGCUCCGGGAUGGCCUGGUCCAAAAUUGGGAUGAUCCAGGCGAGAGGGAGGAGGCACGUCUUGUCGAGUUUGUUUGGGAUGAGUUUGAUCUUGUGACUCCCGAGGACGUGGACAGGUUGUUGGGGAGGCUCCACGCCACCACAUGUUUACUGGACCUGUGCCCUUCCUGGCUGGUGCUGGCCACUCAGGAGGUGACACGAGGCUGGCUCCAGGGGGUUAUUAACGCUUCUCUGUUGGAAGGGGUUUUCCCUGCCGCCUUGAAAGAGGCGGUGGUGAGACCCCUCCUCAAGAAGCCCUCCCUGGACCUAGCUAUUUUGGGUAACUAUCGUCCGGUCUCCAACCUUCGCUUUGUUGCGAAGGUUGUAGAGAGUGCUGUGGCGCGGCAGCUACCCCAAUACCUGGAUGAAGCUGUCUAUCUAGACCCGUUCCAGUCUGGCUUCCGACCCGGAUACAGCACGGAGACACCUUUGGUCCCGUUGGUGGAUGAUCUCUGGAGGGACAGGGACAGGGGUUAUUCCUCUGCCCUGGUCCUAUUAGAUCUCUCAUCGGCUUUUGAUACCAUCGACCAUGAUAUCUUACUGCGCCAGUUGGAGGGAUUGGGAGUGGGAGGCACCGUUUAUCGGUGGUUCUCCUCCUAUCUCUCCGACCGGUUGCAGACGGUGUUGACAGGGGGGCAGAGGUCAGCCGCGAGGCGCCUCACUUGUGGGGUGCCACAGGGGUCGAUUCUCUCGCCCCUCCUGUUCAACAUCUAUAUGAAGCUGCUGGGUGAGAUCAUCAGUGGCUUUGGGGUGAGAUACCAGCUGUACGCUGAUGACACUCAGCUGUACUUCUCCACCCCGGGCCACCCCAACGAAGCUGUUGAAGUGCUGUCCCGGUGUUUGGAAGCUGUACGGGUCUGGAUGGGGAGGAACAGGCUCAAGCUCAAUCCCUCCAAGACGGAAUGGCUGUGGAUGCCGGCACCCCAAUUCAGUCAGCUGCAGCCGCGGCUGACUGUUGGAGGCGAGUUAUUGGCCCCAAAGGAAAGGGUGCGCAAUCUGGGUGUCCUCCUGGAUGAACGGCUGUCGUUUGAAGACCAUUUGACGGCCGUCUCCAGGAGGGCCUUUCACCAGGUUCGCCUGGUUCAUCAGUUGCGCCCCUUCCUUGAUCGGGAUGCCUUGUGCACAGUCACUCAUGCCCUUGUUACCUCCCGCUUGGAUUAUUGUAAUGCUCUCUACAUGGGGCUCCCCUUGAGGUGCACCCGGAGGCUUCAGUUAGUCCAGAACGCAGCUGCGCGGGUGAUAGAGGGAGCUUCACGUAGCUCUCAUGUAACACCACUCCUGCGCAAACUGCACUGGCUACCUGUGGUCUUUCAGGUGCACUUUAAGGUUUUGGUCACUACCUUUAAAGCGCUCCAUGGCUUAGGGCCUGGGUACUUACGGGACCGCCUACUAUUACCGCAUGCCUCCCACCGACCAGUACGCUCACACAGAGAGGGACUUUUCAGGGUGCCGUCCGCCAAACAAUGUCGGCUGGCGGCCCCCAGGGGAAGAUCCUUCUCUGUGGGGGCUCCUACCCUCUGGAAUGAACUUCCCCCUGGUUUACGCCAAAUACCUGAUCUUCGGACCUUUCGCCGCGAAUUGAAAACACAUCUAUUUAUUCGCGCGGGGCUGGCUUAAAUUUUAUUGGGUUUUUAUUGGGUUUUUAAAAUUUUCCUAUGAAUUUUAAUGGGUUUUUUAGUUUUAUAUGUUUUAAAGUCUUAGGCCAAUGGUGUAAUAAGUUUUUUAAUCCAGGUUUUAAUUGUAUAUUGUAUUGCUUGUUUUAUUUUGGCUGUACACCGCCCUGAGUCCUUCAGGAGAAGGGCGGUAUAAAAAUCGAAUAAAUAAUAAUAAUAAUAAUAAUACGUUAAAGGGACAGAACUUUAAAACAGUCAAAUUUCACAUUUGGGAACUGGCCCUGCAGUUUCUUUCUUUCUUUUAUCUUUUGCUCUUUCAUAACUUUAUAAAGAAAAGAACCAUUUAUGUUUAAUUGGGUCAGAACAGUUGGUAGCAUUAGGAUUGUAGAGCAUUUUAGGAAGUAAAAUGAAUCUUGGGGGUGGGUGGGAAGGUAGUGGCAAAUCACUUCCAUGAAUCCUGUUAAAACUAUUGCAUUGUUUUGAAACAGAGGACCAUUUGUAUUUUUCCAAGGAAGAUUCAGUAAAGUUUGUUGAAAAUAUGGCAGAAUUAUCAUUCUGGGAUUUUAAAGCAUACUUGCAAUAGUCAAUAGAGACACCUAUGUUACACCUAACCACUUGGGGAAGGAAGAGUGUUGAGGUUCGUAGGACAAAUCUGUAGAUGUUCAAACACAUCUUCUACAGUAUUUUGAACAGUAUACGCAGUGUCCUUUAGAAUAAAACACUUAAAUAGAGUUGAAUGUUAGUGAACACUAAAGUAAAUUCUUCAUGCAAGAAGAAAUUGAAAAGCAAUACUCUACUGGGAAAUAAGGUUGUGCUUGGACACAGCCUUUUAUUUUUAAAUAACCUUGUUUAGCAGGAAAGCCAUUUAAAAUUGUUUAGUCUUGAAACAAAUCUCACAUCCGUUUAACAGUUCUGUUUUAUAUAAUAUACUCAUCUAGUAAUAACACACCCUAAUAACUGUUUUGAUAUCCAACACAACAAUUUCCCACCAUGGUUUUCAAAUGAUAAACUGAAAUUAUUACUAACUGUUUCCAGUUAUAACACAGCAUUUCUUAAGGGAAAAUAAUCUCAACUAAAAAACAAAACAAAAGAAGAGAUUCUACUCUCAUAGUUUCCAGCUGAACUUCUCUCUGUAGGAACUUUUUCAAACAGCACUUAAAAAUUUUGUAUGCAGUAAGUAAAUACAGAGAAUCCUCUCCUGUGAUUCUCUUUUUUUAAAAUAAUGAUUUUAUUAAACAUUAUGGUUAAAAAGAUUAAAAAAACUAAUAUAACUACAAAAAAUAAAAGAAAAAGAAGUAGAAAGUGCAGAAAAAGUAUUGUAGAAAGAAAAAUAGAAAAAAAUAAAAAUGUAGCAAGGAAAAAGAAAAGAAAUAUGCAAAAGCAGCAACCCAACCUCUCAUUAGAAAAGCUGUGUAAGAACAUUAUUCUAAUAAGCACAAACAAACUGCAGCAACCCAGAACACCAGAAAAAAGAAACAGGCCACCUAUAAAGUGUCAUUUAGAAUAAAACACUUAAAUAAAUAAAAAUGGACACGCACACAACUUUAUCAAAAAGGGCCUAACCACUCAACCCACUAUAGCACAACCAAUAAAAACUAUGAAAAAGAUGUCAUACAUCAAAAAAAAUCAGAAACAACCACAAACUAAUACAACCACAUGGCAUUACCAUAGCACACAAGCAAGCAAAGGUUUCCAACACAUCUUAACUAAACAAAAAGACCAAGUAGCCCCAGAAGAAAAAACAGUAGUCAUCUGCAACAUACAGUUAUAACAACCACUAAGUCGGACAGGCAGAAAGGAGACUAGCAUGGCACAUUCAUAAAUACCAGUACUAUACAUAAAGUUAAUAGUGCAUAAUUCAACCAUUACAGAGAUACAUAUAUCCUUAAGAACAUAAAUAUACACCCCACGUAUGUUACAUAUUUCAUCUUGAAUCAUACAAAAAACAUUGUUACAGGUACUCCUUGACUUACCACCAAAGUUAUGACAGCACAACUUGAAAGCUACUUAUGACCCAGUUUCAAAUUUAUGGUUGCUACAGCAUCUCUACUAUCAUUUGCCCUUAUGACUAACAACAGGGGUGCUGCAGCAUUCACACAUCCUGUCGUGUCCCACUCCUCCGCUGACGGCCGGGUCAGGGAAAUCCGAAUCAGGCGUGCCUCUGCAGCUCUGCCAAAGUCCUAGCAAAGUUCUCAAGGCAGGCAGGAGACCAGAAAGUGAUUUCAGCAAGAUAAGGGAGAGCAGAG